AUGAUCUUAUUUCUUGUUCUUCUCACCAUAUCGGGCUCUUUGGUGUCUGCUCAAUUCGAACCCCCCGAUUUCUGCUUUAGCGCAUGCCGGCAAGUUUCUCGAGCCGUACAGUUUAAUACCACGAACCCGGAAACUGGCAAACCCUGGGUGAGCGAUGCAUGCCACAAUGAACUGCGACUCUCCUCCUUGUAUCUAUGUGCCAGGAUAUUUUGUACACAAGAGGAACGGGCUCGGGGGACGGCUGGUUUCAACCAAACUUGCCUGACUUUUUCGAAUACAACUCUCCCGCCGUAUUCUCUAAUCGAGGAUUACACGGAUGAUGAUAUUGGUCGAUUAUAUCAUGUACAGCCCGAAGAUGUUUUCGGGACUACUCCAACUAUCUUAAAUAAGAUUGUGGUUCCGUCAGAAAAGAUCUUUCAAUUGGCUUUCAAUACUCUGGAUGCUGCUCACUUCGAAAAAAAUAUUCACAUCCUAUAUGGCUAUGCCAUGUAUUAUUUCUGGAUUGUGGUCAUCUCCAUCGGCCUCUGUACGCGAUUCGCACGGCUGCUCAUCACCACCAUCGGGAAAAAAGAACAACACUGGCAACCCAUACCAGAAAAUAAUUUUUCUCCUGGAAGCGCACCGGCCAAGUGGAAAACAAACAUAUUCAGCGUUCCAUACACGUUGAUGAAGAGAUAUAUAACUGUUCCAGCAACCUUUGGCGUCACCCAUGCCCAGGCUAUCCGGUGGUGUACAAUACCAACACGAGUUCAAAGCCUUACAAUCGCAGUUUUUGUCGUUGUGAAUAUUGUCCUUUGCUCAAUCGACUACUAUGUAUUUCAGUAUAAUAUGUACUGGCCAGAUGUAUCCACUCAAGUCUGGCGAUAUCUUGCUGACAGAACCGGAAUAAUAUCUACGGCAAACCUUGCCUUGAUCUGGGCUUUUGGUAUCCGCAACAAUACUCUCCUCUGGCUGACGGGUUGGGAUUUUGCAACUUACAACAACUUCCAUCGCUGGGUCGCUCGAGUCGCGACUGUGGAAGCCGUGGUGCAUUCGGUUGCAUAUACUGUCCUUAUUCUCCAAGAAGGAUCGUUUGAAGCAGGAUGGAAAAGCUAUGUUGAAUACUACCAUACGAGGUGGUUCGUUGCUGGCAUCCUGGCUACCAUAGUCAUGGUUGCCAUUUGUUGCUUCUCAGUUUAUGGUUUACGAAGGAGUUUCUAUGAGGUCUUCCUGCUGUUGCACAUCGUACUAUCCAUUCUCCUCAUAGUCACAAUGUGGUAUCAUGUUGAGAUAUUCGAUGGAGAAUAUAAAGGCUACAUCUGGCCGUGCAUAUUUAUUUGGUUAUUUGACAGGUUUCUUCGAUUGGUCCGAGUCCUCCUAUUUAAUCCAAAAUUUUGGAACACAAAGGCAAUGGCCAUAUACGACUCGAAUUCCAACAUCAUCCGUCUUGUUGUUCCAUAUUCAACAUCUUUCGUCAAACCACGGCCAGGUACAUUUUAUUAUGUAACUUCAAUUAAUAGCCUGAAAAUAUGGGAAAGCCACCCAUUCACUCUUGGUUACUCGACUUCCGAUCAAGAGAAUUUUUGUGGAUCAAAUUCCUCUGCGCCUUCACUGGGAACGAUAUCACCUCCACAGCGCAGACUCUCACCGGACCCUCGAGCAGAUAGAUCCGGUUCCAGCCGUCACUCCUCUUCAGAGUCUCAAAGCCUCCUUGACCCAUCAGCAACUACACCACCUUCAUCAAUGGUAUUCAUAAUCCGCCCUUACGACGGAUUCACUGCACGCCUGCGAGACUCCGCCAUCCCGGGCCCGGCAAGUGUACGGAUGCUUAUCGAAGGCCCCUAUGGCGAGACUCAGCCAUUCAGCAUGUACGAAAACGUGUUAUUCAUCGUUGGUGGAACCGGCGUCACAGUUCCUCUUUCGUACAUGGAGCUAUUGUUAGGAGAAGAGGCGAGUACAACAUCCCUUCGAAUCGUUUGGGCUGUACGAGAACAUGAAUUCUUGAUAGAUGCCGUCGACAAGGACUUUAGGGGUACCUUGGACAACGAGAAAGUGUCUAUGACUGCGUAUGUGACACAGGCGGAUGAGGCGGACAAGGAUGAUCACCGGCCAUUACCAAAGGGAUUGCAGGUGUCCCUUGGCAGGCCGAAUAUACAUAAAGAAGUUGAAGAUGCCGCCCGAGAUUCUGGUCAUCGACCUUUGGCAGUUGUUGCUUGCGGACCAGGCCAGAUGGCGGAUGAUGCUAGACAGGCGGUUGUCAGUAUGCUAGGUAGAGGGUGGGGUCAGGUAGAAUAUUUUGAGGAGAGCUUCCAUUGGUGA